UUAAGAAGGGGACAAAGUGAGUGAUAAAUGAAAGAAAAUGAAAGACCAUAAACUCCACCAGUGAAUUCACUUGUCUCUUUUUUUAAUUUGUGACUUAUCACUUCAUUUUUCAAAAUCCAUAUUUGUGCUCUAUUAUAUAAUAUUUGUUUCAUUCCUCAACUCUAUUCUCUUGGGAUUUCUGAAAAAGAGUCAUUCCCUUUUCAGAAAUUUACCUCUACUUCUUUUCUUUCUUUCAUCUACAAACAAUGUAUUUUCAUUCAAUUCUUCAUUAAACAUUCCAAAAUCUCCUCUGUUUUUUUUGUAAGAAGAAGAAGAAAAGAAAUCCAAUGGCAUGUUCUCAAUUUACAGUCUUUUGGCAUAGAAAUCUACAGACUAUAAUCUUUUUGUUACUUUUAUUCAUUUCUGGAUUGACACAUGUUAGAUUAACAGCUGAAGGUAGGAGAAUACUCAAAACACAAACUGGUGUUUUUACUCAGAGGAAAAAUGAAGAGAAGAUGAUAAAGAUGAGAUCUUUAAUAGGUUCAAGACCACCAAGAUGUGAAGGAAGAUGUAGAAAUUGUGGACCAUGUGAAGCAGUUCAAGUACCAAUUGUGCCAAAUCUCAAGAAUCAACAAACAUCAAGAAUUCAUAAUCAAUUGAAUUCAUAUCCUAAUUUGUUCUUGGCAUAUUCAAGAGGUGAUGAUAUAUCAAAUUAUAAGCCUAUGUGUUGGAAAUGUAAGUGUGGGAAUUUUUUCUUUAAUCCUUGAUUAAAGAUGGAAGAAAAAAAAAGAUCUUUUUUUUUGGGUUAUGGAGAAAAUUAAGUUUCUUCAAUUGUCUAUAUACAUGAAGAUUAAGUUUGAUUAGCUUAUAGCUAGGUUUUGUAGAUUUUUUGCAUAAUCAAGAUUUGUGAUAAUGCAUAUUUUGUACAUAUUUUAAUUAGCACUUUUGUAGUACCAAUCUUUUCCUCUUUCUUUUUUCUCUUAUGAAAAGAACACUUCUAAUUUAGGAAGUGAAUUGAGCUA